AUGGAAGUCCCCACUCUCCCGAUCCCCGGGGAAACCGGUCAGCAGCAGCAGCAGCAGCAGCAGUACACGGGACAUCUCCAGAGAAAACAGGCUAGCGAAGGCUCGAUCGAGUGGUACUUUGACCAAGGUUUAAACUGGAUGCUGAGCCACCCGUGGAUAACAGGUCUAGGCGGCCUUGCCGUGGUGUAUCUUGCCGCGGGCAGAAUGAAGUCGAAUAAGCCAGGCUUAAACGGGAAAGCAUUCAUCACGGGUGGAUUUGGGGCGAAAAUGAGUGCUAGGGAAGCAUUGCAGAUUUUGAAUUUGAAAGAGACCAACUUGAGCAAGACGAAAUUGAAGGAACACCACAGGAAGUUGAUGAUGGCGAACCACCCGGAUAAAGGCGGCUCGUCUUUUAUUGCUACAAAAGUCAACGAAGCCAAGGACUUUUUGGAAAAGAGAGGCGGCAUGAAGGCAAAAUAG